GGUGUGUGAGCGCAAGACCGAGCUCCGAGAAGGAAGAGGAAAGAGCAGAGGAGAAGAACGCGAAAAGAGGGUUUUUGGUCCUUCUUCACGUCCGCCUGCCACUUCGCCUUCGCGACCUCCUCUCUGCCACCGGAGCAUUCAUGGAGGGCGCAUAAUCAUGCCGGAAGGCCUCGAGCUAGGGUUUUCUGGGCGGAAGAGGGACCUCCGGUGAUCUUGAAGCGCGGAUGAGUGCCCGCGGAUCUGCAUCUCGUGUUGGGGCUGGACGCUGAAGAGGCAAGAUUUUGUCUCCGAAUGGAGGGUGGUGGAAGCUUAGGCGCUCUUUCUUUGGGGUAUAUCCAUGGAUUGUGAUGAUGAUGAUUUUCAAAGUCAGAAUUUUCAACUAAUUGGAGAGGACAAUGAUGUUUUUCCUCAAAGCAUACAGCCAUAUGCUCCGCCAAAAUUUGAUAUAGAUGAUCAUUUUCAGGCUCACCUAAGGCUUGAUAGUUUAGCCGAAACAGGGCUUUUGCUUGGCAUUCAAAGUGAAGAGAACAAUUGGAUUGAAGAGUUUUCACCAAGAAACAAUGUUAUAGAAUUUGACCCAAGUGCCUCUCAAACUUGCUCCAUUUCUGGGCAUGACAGUAUCUGGUUCAAUGCUCCAUUAUCUGAAUCUGCACAGAUGUUAGUGAAAUCUGUUGGAGAUGACACGACAGUAAGCCCACAAGUUAUGAAUACAGAGGCAGAUACGCAUGCAGUAGAAGAUUCUGCCAAAUGCGGGCCAGAGUGUAUCACAGACAUUGAUUCAAGCUUUUUGACCAAUAAAUUCCAAAGGAGUGUUUUGGUGUCAAAUGAACACAUAAUUGAGGCUGAGCAACAUGUAAUUACUCCUCAAACCCCCAGUGAGGAAAAAUCAGAAGUGGGCUUCGAUGAGAUUUUGUUAGAUAAAAAAAUUGACUCUGCUGGGAAGGUGGUUGCUACACAAUGCACCACUAGUGAGGAAUUAACUUCAUCAUCUGGUAAUGUAUCUAAAGCAUGUUUAGUUGCUGGUGAGCCUCUUGAGGUGGUUCAGAAUGAGGAACCAUUGGAUAAUGCAUCCACCAGGAAUAGUUCACUUGAUGAUCGUGGAUGUGCUGUAAACCAGGAGAUUGAAGUAAGUUCAAAAUUUCUUUCUUGCAAUACUCAUCAUGGUCCUUCUGGUUUGUCUACUAAUAAUGCUGAUAUUGUCACUGGGAAGCUGGAUGAUCCAUUAUUCUCUGAGAAAAAUGUGGAAGAAUGCUAUGAGGGUGACAUUAGUGAGAGAUCAGAAUCUUUGCAAUCUGAAACGAAGCAGAAUGAAACAAAUUAUAAUUUAUAUGGUGAUUGCAAAGUGACUGAUCAACAUUUUCAAGGCCAUCCACUUAAUUAUCAUGUUUGUGAUGUGAAAGCUUCUUCUGAAUCGGUUUCACCUACAGAUUCUCUAAUGCUUCCAAAUGAAGGAUCCAGUAAAACUGUGUUCUUUAAGAACUCUGAUGCACUGCUCGAAGAUAUUGCUCACCAGGUAAAAGUUUCAAACAAAGACUUAAGUACAGGGGAUAAAAGUUCAACCUGCACAAAGGAGGCACAUUCCUCAUCUGUGGAAGGAGAUGGAACUGAAAAUGUUGGUGAGCUAUGUGAUGUUGCGGAAGGGCGUACGGAUUUUAGCCAUUGUGUACAUGAAUAUAUAUCAAAAGAUGAUAGUCGCAACCCAGAUUCUCAAUCAACUGAAGAAAGUAAAAUGAUUAGUUUUGAAGAAGGAAAUCUUGGUACAUCCAGGACAGUUAUUGAUGACAACUGUAGUGAACUGAGAAAUUAUUCAGGCAUGGCAGUUAAGGUAGAGUUUUCAAGUCUGAUGAAAACUGAAACAAGGAUGACCGGAGUUGAUGGUGAUAAUGAAUGCAGAGUUGAUCCUUCAAAUUUGAAUGACACUGACUCUGUUCAAACAGAAAAUAGCACUGAAGGUGAAUGCUUAAAAACUAUUUCUGAAGAACCCACUGGUAAGUCGGAUGCUUCAGAAAAUGCUAUUCACAAAGAAUCUUGUGCUGCUUUAUCAGAUGAUGCAGAAAAUGAGCUCUGUUGUCGGAAUCCUAACAAGUUGGCUCCAGCAUCUGACACAAGUCCUUCAGUUGCUGAACUGAACAAGGACAAUGUAGUUCAUUCAGCGGAAAAGGAGAACACAGUACUAUUGAUUGAUACGAGUGGCACAGCUUUUAAGGAAUGCUCUACUAUAAUUAAGAAUGCAGAAUUUUGCUCAUUUGACAUCCAAAGAAAUGGUACAGUGAUGGAAUCAGACAAGAAUUCCAUCAUGGACCAAGCAGGAGUUAGUGAUCUUACCUCAGGAGGUAUGAAGUUGCUGUCCCCUGUUGAUUCAACAAUUCUCCAGCAGUCACAUUCUGAAGUUGAAGCGAUGGUAGAACAGAUGGAAACGACAGUGUCAUCUACAGUUGCUUCAUGUUGCAAUGAGAAGGGUGUCUGCCUCUCUUCCUUGUCAGUUAUAGGUUGUAACACAGAUACCCAGAUAUCGAGACAACCAAUAGCAGUGCCUGGUUCAGAUACCAAUGAUCCCUCAGUAAAGAAUUUUUCAGAUGGCUUGGGAAUUACCAACAGUGAUGAGCUUUGCGUCGCUUCGUCAGCUGGGAUGUCUUCUCUUGUCGCUCAGCAAAGCACAGAAGGGAAAGAUGCUAACUUAACAACAACAAACAAUUGUGACAAACUGAGAUCCACUGAAACUGAAGAAAACAACCUUCUUCGGUUCACUUUGUCUAAAAGUAAUCCUGAGGCCCGCUUAGUGGAUCAUGAUGGUGGCAAUCUAAGUUCAUCUGAACCAAAUUGUGGUUCACCAACUGUCAUUAGUUGCAAUGAGCAUACCCUAGAAGAAACAGGACUUAUAGAAAGCAAUAGAUCAUCACAAGAUCCUGCAGGUCCUGCUUCAACAAAAGAUUCUAGUAGGUCUAAAUGCACCGUUCAAGAUUCUCAAGUGAGUGAGACAUUGAAAGAUGAUGGGAACUUUACAUUUGUAGUUCAGCCAGAUGCAAAUCUUUCCCAAAAGGACAGCACCAAGGAUCUGACACCCUUCUCGAAUAUACAGUCCUUCAAACUGCCUCAGAUGUCUGAGGAGAUUUCUCAGGGAUGUCCUGGUCAAUCUAUAAAAGAGAGUACUAGCACUAUUAGCAAGAUGACUUUAGAAGGCAAAAGAAAGCAAGUUUCUGCUUUUGCAACUAGAAAGAUAGGCAUUUCAAAAGGUGAUGCUAAAGAAAAGUCAGAAGAAAAACAAGGUAAAGGAAGGAAAAAGGCCCCAUGCGAUACCUCAUCUGUCCCUGAUAGAUCCACAAGAAGCAAAACCCAUAUGGAGGAUAUACAGCAUCGUCUCUUUGUUGAGACCAAUACUACAAAAUCGUCCUGUUCUCCAAGUGUUCAAGCAUCCAAUCUACCAGAUUUAAACACAUCAGUACCCUCUGCUCUGUUUCUCCAGCCUUUCACAGAUUUGCAACAAGUACAGUUGCGUGCUCAGAUUUUUGUGUAUGGAUCACUCAUCCAAGGUGUCCUGCCCGAUCAGGCUUGUAUGGUACCAGCCUUUGGGGGAACUGUAGAUGGAGGAAGGAGCUUAUGGGAGCAAGUGUGGCAUUCUGCUGCACAAAGGCUUUAUAACCAUAAAUCUCCCAAUAGUUCUGGCACACAUUUGCAUUGUCAUUCAGAACAAGGGAUCAGCUGCACCCCAUUUCAGAGCAAGGUUCUGAAUUCCCCUGCUAGCUGGAGGGACAGCAAGGUCCCAAAUUCAUCAACACAAAGUUCCAAUGUGUCUUUGCAGUCAGCUUUCCACUCUCAUGCAGGAGGCACCCACUUGGACUCCAGUCAAUCUCUAUCACCAUUGCAUCCCUAUCAAACUUCUCAGAUCAGGCAAUAUUUGACCAACUCCACACCUUGGUUAUCUCAGAGCUCUCACCCGGCUUCAUGGUUUUUUUCACCACAAAGUUUACCUAUUGAUUCUAGUUCAUAUAACUCUCCAAUACCUGUUGCUGAAACAGUUCAAGUAACAACUGUUAGAGACUCUUCUAUACCUCAUACCUCAAACAUGCAACUCACUUCCUCUGGUUCCUUACUGCCUAAUCAGGGUGCCAACAGUGUUUCGGCAGCAUUAAUUGUGCCAAGUGAGACAGAAAGUAGAGAAGCAACUCCUGCAAUUACUAAGAAUUCAUCCGUUAGUGAAAAGUCCAGGAAGAGGAAGAAGGUUUCUGCAUCGGAGGGGCCUGUGCCAAAAAUUUCUGUUUCUCAACCCCAAGGAGUAUCUGCUUCUUCUCCUUUUAUUAAUCUGCCUAAUUCUGCAGAACUUUCUUUAUAUUCUAAUUCUUCAAGUACUGUUACAUCUGCUGGUCAUGUUUCAGCUGCCUCUUACCCCAUUACUAUGCCUUACUACCAAAUAUUAGGCAGUAGUCAUACUCAACAGAGGGGCAUCGUCAUCAAAGAGGCUUGCAAUCAAAUUGAGCAGUCGAAGCUGCAAGCUGAAAAUGCUUCUGCUUAUGCUGCUUCUGCUGUCAGGCACAGCCAAGUUAUUUGGGAACAGAUGGCUAUUCAAAGAAAAUCAUGCCUUGCAUUAGAAGUCGAACAGAAACUUGCAUCUGCAGCUGUUGCAGCGGCGGCAGCUGCUUCUGUUGCAAAGGCAGCUGCUGAAGUUGCUAAGGUUGCAUCUGAGGCUGCAGUACAGGCUAAAUUGAUGGCAGAUGAGACUUUAAAUUCUCUUAAUACAGGAACCACUCAAAUUUCUGAAAUCUGCCUUGACAUCAGGAAGAAUCUGUUGACAUCAACUCCUGUUCUAAUCCCUAAGAGCCAGGAUAAGAUCCAUGGUUCUUGUUCAAUCAUUUCUACUGCACGGGAGGCCACCAGAAAGAGGGCUGAAGCAGCUUCUGCUACUAUAAAGCGAGCAGAGAACUUGGAUGCCAUACUGAAAUGUGCAGAAAUGGCUGCAGAAGCUGUAUCACAAGCUGGAACAGUCAUUACAAUGGGGGAUCCCUUUCCAUCCUCAAUAUGUGAUUUAGUAGAAGCAGGUCCUGAAGGUCAUUGGAAACCUUGUUGUGCAACUAUAAAAAAGAGAAUUGAAACAAAUGAUGUACAGGUUGGAGAAAAUCUCCCUUUGGAUGUGGCUGGUGAUCUUGAGAUAAUUACAGUACAAUCAACUGACCAUCACGGGAGGCAGAAAAUUUCUGUUAUGGAGGAAAUGACUCCCAAUAAUAAGAAAAUGAUUUUAGAGAAUAAUUAUGAAGGAUGUAAUCUAGAAAAUGGAUCACAAACUAUUCCGACUUUUAGAGCUGCAAGCGAACCUAUGCAAGGAAGUAACAUUCAGAAAGGUUCACUUGUUGAGGUUGUAGCUGAUGAAGAUGGUCUUAGAGGAGCUUGGUUUUCUGCACAGGUUCUUGAUGUCAAAGAUGGUAAAGCAUAUGUGUGCUACAAAGAUCUUCUUUCUGAUGAAGGCCAUGAGAAGCUUAAGGAGUGGAUACCACUUGAAUCCAAAAGUGAUCAACGACCUAGAAUACGUGUAGCACAUCCUGUAAUUGUGACUAAAUCUGAAGGAACAAGGAAGCGACAGAGAGAGGUUGCAGGCAAUUGCACUUGGGCAGUUGGAGACAGGGUAGAUGCAUUGUUACGUGAUGGUUGGUGGGAAGGGAUUGUCACUGAGAAGAGUCAAGAUGAUGAAAGCAAGUUAACUGUCCAUUUUCCAGCUGGUGGUGAUUCGUCAAUUGUUAGAUCUUGGAAUCUACGACCAUCACUUAUCUGGAAGGAUGGCCAAUGGAUAGAAUGGUCCCAAGCUAAAGAAAGAGGUGAUACACCAUAUGGGAAACAUGCAAAACUAGGCCAUUUCAAUUCCACAAACAAGUCAGAAACAGGUGAGGAAGGAAUGACAACUUUGUCAAGUAACAUUCGCACAGAUGAUUCGAGGAAGCUGGAAGAGUUAAGGCCACUUAAUUUGUCAGCAAAAGAUUUAACAUUUUCUGUUGGAAGCAAUGUGGGUGAGGAUAAUAACACUGAUGUGUUUAAGGUAAGACGAGCUGGCCUUCAGAAAGAUGGUUCUAAGGUGGUAUUUGGUGUUCCUAAGCCUGGGAAGAAAAGAAAAUUUAUGGAAGUAAGCAAACACUACAACACAGAUAAGAUUGAAAAGACAAUUGAAGUGAGUGAUUCUAUAAAAUUUGCAAAAUAUUUGAUGCCACAAGCAUCCCACUCUUGGAGAAAUACCUCAAAAGUUGAUGUUAAAGGAAGAGGGAUCACUAACUUGAACAGAAGGGGCCCAAAGUCCUUGAGGUCUCAGAAUGUUCAGUCUAGGAGUGCCAUGGAUAAGUCUGUCACCGCUGUAGCAAUCUUAAAUGGGGGCGAAAGCAGUCUUGGAACUUCUUUUAGCAACGAAGAGAUAAAGAACUCAGUGGAAACUGGUUCUUUUUCACAUGCUCUUAAAAAGGUAGAAUUGGCAGUGAUAGAGCCUCCUUUGCAAUUUGUACCUGGUGUCCUGUCACUCGAGAAGAAAUCUUCAGCUGAGGCUGAGAUGGGGGAGAAAGAAAAGGAAAAUGAUUUACCUUCCGUUGAUAAGUUGUCCAGAUCUGAUAUUAAGGGUUCUGAAAUUCCUGGAAAAGGAUCUGCUGAUGUUGUUGAACCCCGGAGAUCCAAUCGUAGAAUUCAGCCAACUUCAAGAUUACUGGAAGGAUUGCAAAGCUCUCUGAUUGUAUCAAAGAGUCCACUUGAUAGAGGUGGCAAGUCUUUACAUAGAGGUGUAUCAGCUUCAAGAGCAGGGCAGAAUCAUGGAUGAUUGGAGGGCAUCAUCACAAUGUAAUUCGAUUUGCAUUCCCCUCCAGCAUAACUGAGAAGUCUCUGUUAGGGUCAUGAUGUACAUAAAUGCAAUCCAAGGAUUAGAGUGCAGAAGGUUUGUUCUCAGAUGGUAGAUGGUGUAAGAACACUUUGUUAUCAGAUGAUUAGGUGUAAGAUGUUAUAGAUUCAAAUCUAAGUUUGUGUUUCUCUAUCUUAAGCCUUAAAUGCAUCCUUCUUGACUUGUUACUACUUGU